GGAGGAGGAAGUGAGCGGAAUCUUCGAGUGUCUUGAUUUAACGCUACAUUAUUUUAAUCUAACGAGCACUCUGUGUUGUGUUGUGCACUCUGGCAGUCUUGUUUUUAAAGUGCUGGAGACCAUAUCGCCGCAUCUAAAGAGACCAGCAUGAGCGAGUCUGACUCUGUUUUCUACCCGCUCCACAUCGGAUGCUCCUCUCAAACCGAGUUUUUGGAUACGCAGCGCCUCUGCCGUCGGCUCAGCCAGUGUUAUCUGGAGGAGUGUGUGUUCCCGGUGCUGCUGCCGGCGCUGCAUGCUUUACUAGAGGAAUCACUGAAGCACCACUGCACACAGAAGAAAAGGAGGACAUUUAAUGGCUGUGACUUCCUUACAGAAUGGCUGUACAAUAAAAACCCACGUUGGACAGACAGAAUGCCGACACAAUUUGAGAACAUUCCGUUUGUCCAGAACUGGCUUUCCAAACAUCCCAGACCGCAGAUCCAGGUUCCUCCAACACCUGAGCAGGCUGCAGUGCUGAUCCAGGCGUUCUGGAGGGGAUAUAAGGUGCGGGCUCAUCCAGAGGUGCAGGAGCUGCGGCAGUGGCAGAGGGAACUGCGGGAGAAGAGCUGCGACAUCAACAAAACGGUUCAGGAUUUCUGGACGCAUCAGGAGAACAGAGUGUGGUCAGAGCUGGAUGCGCUGGUGGACGGCGCGGAUCCGCAUGUGGAGGCUGGAGUGUAUAUUGAGGUUGUGCCGCCGACGCCGCAGAACAGAGCGCUUUACACACCGACUCCAGCAGAGAAAACAGAGCUCCUGACGCCCUCCACACACACAGCGGCAUCUUAAAGGGCCAGUUCACACACAAACA